UAUAGUUGCCAACCAUCAUUAUUACUCUGGAUAACUGAAAAUUAAAUCAAUUGAUACAGUUAAAUGGUUUUCUCUUUUUACUUCCCAGCUAAGGUAGACACACAAUACUCUGUUACUAAGGAUUAGAAUAUUUUUCAGAGGAAAAGGCUAGGGGCCUUCAAUUAUAGUAACUGUUUAUAAUCCAAAUUGAAUCAAAAGGGAUAGGAGAAAAAGAGAUAAGGCCAGCGAUAUGUCUAACAGAAUGAUGGCGUCUGCGUAGCAUGUAAUUAGAACAGCGGUAUUUUUCAGUAGAGUGCUCUUGCCAUUUCUAGUGUGCAGAAUGAUUUCACCAAAGGUUGUAUGCAACUACCAGUAGUGCCCCCAGAUGGCAUCAUUCUAUUCAGAGACAAGGGGAAAGAUCCCCAUAUUUGACUAUCCCACAAAUGCUUCAGUGGUGGGCACUGCCAUAUUUUUUCCCAUUUUUGUAAAAUUGUGACCUUUGAACUGAGGGUUAAGGUAGUGUAAAUGGAGGUGAAGUUUAUUGAAAGAAAGAACAUCAAGGCCACAGUGUUAGAAAAUAACAUGUAUAUGCUCUGUGUGGUGGCACACUCUCUAUGCCGCACUUGGAAGGCAGAGCCAGCUAGAUCUCUGAGCUUGAUCUAUCUACAUGCUUCUAGGAUGGCUAGGGCUAUGUAGAGAGACCCUGUCUAACAAAAACAGUAGUUACAUGCAUGUACAUUGCUGAAAUUAAAGAAUUUUGAAAGUGGUAAUGUUUGAGCCCAAGAAAUCCAGGAACUGUGAAAACAGAAGUAGAUAAACAGUUUAAUAAUCAGCAGUGCUUUUUUUUAAAGCACUGAAAAUUGUCUGAAAUGACAAACAGGUUAAGGGUACUCUUCCUCUUCCUCCAGGCCCAAUUUGCACAGGGUAAGACAUGGUCAAAGUCACCACCUAAGAAGGACAGUUACUGUGUCAUUAAGCUAAAACCAAAUUCGAUUAGAACAAGGUGAAAAGAGAGUUAUAGAAAUAUAAGUGUUGCUAGUCUACCUUCCUUAAGUUUUCAUGUAGUCUGAUUUUGUGUGGAAUAUGGACUAUGUGUCCUAUAUCUCCUCUUUGAUUUAUGUAUCUUCUUGAGCCUAGACUGUAUUUUUCUCCUCCCAUCUGUCUUCUACCUUAACAUACUUGGUUGUGUGCACUAGUCUUUUGUAACCAGCCUCAUGGCCUCUCUCCCAAGCAUCUUCCUCUCCGAGUAAAAGCACUUGUUUGUUGACCCCUUACAUUUUCUUUUCAUAUCUUUCCUGUGAGAUACACGUGUACUUAUAAUUCAGGUCCUUUGAAAUCCUAAUUGAUUUAAAAUGUGGGGCUUCCUCUUGGCAGCAUAAACAUCUGAUUCAUGUUUACACUCGCAUCACCUGACUGUUCCUGUAUGCAGAAAAAUUCACUAAAUGUACUAGUUCUAAUUUAUUUUUAGUCUUAGAUUUUCAUUCUAGAAUUUGUGUCAUUUUAAAAUUUUUGUUGCAUUUUGUGUGUGUGUGUGUGUGUGUGUGUGUGUGUGUGUGUGUGAGAGAGAGAGAGAGAGAGAGAGAGAGAGAGAGAGAGACGGUCACAGGCCACUUAGAAUUAGUUCUCUCCUUCAGUCCUGCAGGUCCAGGGAAACGAAUUGAGGUUGCCAGGCGUGGCACCUUUACAAAUGAGCCAUCAUGCCAACUUAAAUUAUCACUUUCAUACCAAACACUUAGGAUUUAAGCCUGCUCACUCUUAUCUCACUUCUGUGUUAGAAUGGUCAUUUCUGUCUCAGCAUUUUUGUAAAGACUAAAUCAAGUGCAUGUGUGGCACGUAUUUAUGAGGGAUCAGUUUUCUCGUGUGAAUGGUGACUGUUGCAGAUGUAAGCGCUUACCUAAGUAGCGCACCCCAGCUUUCACUGAUCUCUACCUCGAGCAUACCUGGUACCCAGCCUGUAUCUGACUUCACUAUGAACAUGGCCAAGAGUAAGUUCUAGUAAACCCUUGGCUAGGAAGAUAGGUACUCAACACCCACAUUGUUUCUUUUGCUUAACGCACAUGAACUUGAAAACCUUGAGUAUAAUAACAUUUAUGGAGUUUUAUAAUGUGGUAUUACUAGAUAUUGCAGAAAGUAACAGCAUGACCAGAGUAAGCUAAAAGAGGCAGUUGUUUGUGGUUAAAAGGUUAGACUCUGAAACACUUAUGGUACCCUGGGCCUGUAAUGUCAGCACUCAGUAGACAGGCAGAAAGAUUAAAAGAUUGAGGUUAGCUUAGCAGAUUAAGGCUUUUGUAUGUUAAACAUUCUUUUUUUUUUUUUUUUUUUUUUUAAGAAAUUGGGAUAACCUAACUUACAUAAUGGGAAUGCUUAUAACCGGUAUUAAACAGACCUUAAAUUGAAAUGAAUCCAAUCACAAAUGUUCCAUACAUUUUGAAAAGUAAUCAAAUGUCUUUUUGUAUAGAUUAAAUGUUCAUAAAACAGUGUCUAGCCAUGGCAAUAUAGUAGGUAACUUUAAAUUGUGACUGCAAAUAUAUUAUUUUCAAUGCUACUAAAGAACAAGGAGAUAAUCUACAACUGUGGGACACAGUGAAUGUUUAUGCUUGCCAUUAUUGUAUUAAAUAUUGAGAUAAUCAACUUAAAACAAGACAAGGAAAGUUUUAGGUAACCUGAUCCAUCACUUUGAACCUUGAGUUGGUAGCACUCAUAUGACCGCAUUAUAGCAGGUUUCGUACAUCAUGGCAGGCAGAAAGCAAAGGAGCAGGAAAAUGCCUGAGUUCAAAUAUUCUCAUUAUGGCAUACCUACAAUGGCCUUACUUCCUACCAAUAGUCAUCUCUUAAAGAUUCCACCACAUCACAAGAGCAAAGAACCUGUGUAUAUGACCUUUGGCUGACAGUCCAGAACCAGAUCACACCAGAGAGAAAGGGUAAAGGAGAAUAAGAGCAGAUUUGUUCAUCACCUGUACAUUGAAAGCUUAGCCACGUGUCAGGCACUGCUUUAACUGCUAAAAACCAGCAGUGAGUAGAACAGUUUUACCAUUAUUGCCUUGAGUUUCCCAUUGGAAAUGUAGUUUAAAAUUUACUCUGAUCUUUUUGACAUUUGAUAAUUUUAGUUGACUGUGUAAACUGACAACAGAUGAAUAACAGGAAAAAAACAAGUUGUGUUACCUGUGUAAGGAUGGUGGUCAUAAUACCGUAUGAGUGUCAGCAGAGAUUAACCUUGUAUAGGUUUGGCAACAGGAUGGGGUGGUCAUGGGUGCUAUGGGAGAGGGGAGCUGUGAAUAAUGUGCCAGACUCUCUGCUGAUGAAGUUUCCUGGGUAACAGCCAUUUGAGAUUUUCUUUGUCAGUGCCAGAUGUCUGACCCCUAAUUUUUUUUCCUGUUUGAAAAGAAUAUUCUUAGACAAGUAGAGGGAUAUCAGAAAAUUUUGUCUGUUUGCUUUUUACAUCACUAAUAUAUAGAGAGAUACUUUUUUUUAGGGUCCUUAGUUUCCUUGAUUAACCAAGUCAAAAUAUUCUACAUACACUUGCUGUAUGGCAUAGAAGACACAUAAAAGUUACUUAUAAAUACACAACCAAAACAUGUAUAUAUGUGUGUAGUCAUGUCUUUUUAAGUACUUGAAAUUAUAGUUAAAAUAUAAAAAUAAAAAGCAUAGAGAUUAGAAGUAAUGGCUAGAAAAUGGCUCUUGAAAAAUUAUCAUUUGGCAGAGAAUAAAGUGAGACGAGAUUCCUUGUGGGAAUCACUGAAGGCAAUUUUGAGGAGCACUGGCUAUGCAAAGCACAGUAAAUGGAAAUGGAGACCAUUUAGAAAUCUAAGUGUUCAUGUAUUUGUGCCUGUAAGUCCAUUACCACCACACAGGGAAAAUAUCCAAGUUUCCCAGAUCUUUCUACCUCUUUCCAAUCCUUUCCACCAAAUAAAGUAGAACUGCUUUCAGUUACCAUAUAUUUCUUUACUCUUCUAAAUUGUAUAUGUACUCAUCCUCUAUGGAGUCAUUUUUUUUUAUAUCUUGUAUAUAAUUGUUUGUUGCUCAUCAAUGUUGUUCAUGAAUUCUAAGAAACAAUCCUUUUGUGUGGCUGACUAGCACUUCUUCAUGUGGAUAUACCACUUUGUCCAGCCAUUUAUCUGUUCAUGGACUGUUGGGUUUUAAAUUCUUUAAAUAAGUUAUAUAAGGAAGUAUUAUUUAAAAGAGAAUGGCCACAGCUUUUUAUGUCAGCCUGUCAACCUGUCACUCAACUCUGAUCACAUUCACAUUUUCUCUCUCUUUUUUUAAAGAUUUAUUUAUUUUAUGUAUAUAUGAGUACUCUGUAAUUGUCUUCAGACACCAGAAAAGGGCAUCGGAUGCCAUUACAGAUGGUUGUGAGCCACCAUGUGGUUGCUGGGAAUUGAACUCAGGAUCUCUGGAAGAGCAGUCAGUACUCUUAAUUGCUGAGCCAUGUCUCCAACAUCACAAAAUUUUCUUCAAAUAUACAAGCGUUUCCAUUUCUUACCAUUCUAUCAAGAUGACAUCGGUGCCCACAUGAAUGUAGGAAGAACUUAUAAAAACUUAAACAGAACUAGAGAAGCUGAAGCGUCUUACAUGCUGGCUAAAUCACUGAUGCCUCAGAUUAUCCCUGGUAAAAAAUAUGCAGCCAGAAUUGCCCCUAAUCACCUAAACGUUUAUAUCAAUCUGGCCAACCUUAUUCGAGCAAAUGAGUCCCGCCUGGAGGAAGCGGACCAGCUGUACCGACAGGCCAUCAGCAUGAGGCCAGACUUCAAACAGGCUUACAUUAGCAGGGGAGAGUUGCUUUUAAAAAUGAAUAAGCCUCUCAAAGCAAAGGAAGCAUAUCUUAAAGCACUAGAGCUGGACAGAAAUAAUGCAGAUCUCUGGUACAACUUGGCAAUUGUUUAUAUUGAACUUAAAGAACCAAAUGAAGCUCUGAAGAACUUUAAUCGAGCUUUGGAACUGAACCCUAAACAUAAGCUAGCACUGUUCAAUUCUGCUAUUUUAAUGCAGGAAUCAGGUGAAGUUAAACUCAGACCUGAAGCUAGAAAACGGCUUCUAAAUUAUGUAAAUGAAGAGCCACAGGAUGCUAAUGGCUAUUUCAAUUUGGGGAUGCUCGCCAUGGAUGACAAAAAGGAUUCAGAAGCUGAGUCUUGGAUGAAGAAAGCUAUCAAAUUACAACCUGACUUCAGAAGCGCUUUGUUUAACCUGGCACUCCUGUAUUCGCAGACUGCUAAGGAGUUAAAGGCAUUGCCAAUUUUAGAAGAGCUGCUUAAAUACUAUCCUGACCAUACCAAGGGUCUCAUUUUAAAAGGAGACAUUCUGAUGAACCAAAAGAAGGAUAUACCUGGAGCUAAAAAGUGUUUUGAAAAGAUCCUGGAAAUGGAUCCAAGCAAUGUGCAGGGGAAGCACAACCUGUGUGUUGUGUACUUUGAAGAGAAGGAGUUACUAAAAGCUGAGAGGUGUCUUGUGGAAACAUUGGCAUUAGCACCUCAUGAGGAGUAUAUUCAACGCCAUUUGAGUAUAGUCAGGGAUAGAAUCUCCUCUUCUGGUAUUGUGGAGCAGCCACUGGCCCCAGCUGAUAAGACUCCAGGUACAGAGGAGAGAGAGGAAAUCCCUUCUGAGGAUGUAAAAGAAAUCAGCAGUGAAUCCAGACCACCACAAAUCUUAAAAACAAACAAUAACAGAAACUCUAAAUCCAACAAGCAAUCAACAGAAAAUGCAGACCAAGAUGCCCCCCAUAAAACAACAAAAGACAUCAAAGAAAUUGAGAAGAAAAGAGUUGCUGCUUUGAAAAGGCUAGAAGAGAUUGAACGUAUUUUAAAUGGAGAAUAAUGCUAAUUCUGCAUCAUGUAACAAUGUUUGCAAGACCUUCAGUCUAUAUCAUGCGUUUGCUUGUUCUGGAGACCGAAAAAUGUCAAGAAUAUAUACUGGUUUUUCAGAAACUGUGUAAGGUCCUCUCUAUAGGAUCAAAAUGAGAGUUUCAUUGAAGACCUACCUGUCCCAGGAUAUAUAUUUUAUAAGCUAGGGCACAAAUUUUAAUUUGGGUGACUCAAAGAGAAAUCACAAAUUUCAGGUCACAAUUUGAAACUUUUAUUACAGAAAGAAAAAGGUGUGUGUUUAAUAUACAAAGAAAAGGGUGGGGAGUACUGGUAAAUCUUUCUACUAAUCUGAUUGAAAAAUACGGGGUGUCAAAGAUGAACCCUUGGAGAUAAGUCCGAAUUGUACUGGGCUUUGUGAAUUCCCAUUUAUUAACUCUUUUUCAUUUUUCUUUACCUCUUUGGAUCUAGAAAUGGACUGGUACUCAUGAAAGACAUUCUCUUUUCUUCAGUAAUUCUUCUCAUAAGCCAAGCAACAUUGUAUUGCAAAUGUAUACUGUUUUCUUUCUGUGUUCUUUCAUUGGGAUUAGAAGGAAUGGUAGGGAAAAAAAACAUGAUAAAGUAUAUCAUGCAUCACAGAGAUGACAUGUUAGCUUAGGAAUGCAUUUGUCCUGCACUCUAAACUGUAAAGUAGGGAAAGUGUUACACACACACACUCCUAGUGGUGCUCACUAAUACUCUAUUCUCUUUCACACUGAGAGUGCUCUGACAUAAGCUACAUUACCAUGACUACUCAUGACACUUGCUCCCCAAAGGGUUCUGCUUCUGGCUUUAAGCUUUAGAGUAAUUAGAGUAAUCUCCUCCAUCUUAUUCUCUCUGGUCUUCAGUUAAAAUCAAUUUUCUGUUUCCAAACUAAUACCUUCGCCAUUCUUACCUACCUAAGCCACUACACUCAGUUUUGCUUAACUGAAGGCAACACAAUGUGACAUUUACUUUUAAACACUAGAUUCCUCUUAUGGUAUAUAUUUUAUUAAGUAUUUAUUUUAACUACUGAUCUUUCAUAAAAAUUUUCAACGUUUAGUUUAAAUUGUUAGUUCCCUUGAGUUAACUAAUCUCUAAUUAUAUCUUAGAAACCAUACUUCCGAAAUGUUUUCUAAGAAACUUUUUAUAAAUAGGUCACAAGAAACAUGUUCUGCAUUAAAGACCCAUUCCUUUUAGUUUCCCAGAGGACCUGACAUAGAUUUCUUUCUUUCUUUUUAAGGUAAUUUAACUCUAGCACUAAAGCCAGUGGGUGUUAGUUCUCGACCCAGGAGAUUUUGGUAACCAUCAAAGCAGUAUCUUGUUUCAGUUUUUAGAGUGUAUCUUUGUGACUUCAGAUAUGGAGUGGAGAAUACCUCAUGUACUAUAACUUGAAGAUGAAGUUACUAUUCUCUCUGUAUAUCUCUGGAAAAGUUUUUGCUGAUAAUCACUACAAUGAAAAUUCUAAGUGGAGGACAGCUCAGUACAUAAAGUCAAAGGAAACCUUUUAUGAUAACAAACAUAAUAAAAGUUUGAAGACUAUUUUAGUAAAUUUAUAUAGCUAGUCAAGUGAUUAAGAUAAAUAUUAAUAUCCAAUAGUUUUUAUAGAAAAACAUCUUUUAUUAGCACUCAUAAUAAUGUCUGUCACAAAGAAAGUACUCAUACUUGAAUUUAAUUUAUUUAAAACAAAUCCAUUUUGAAUAGCAAUUAUUAAUUAUUACCAAUCAAUGAUACCCAACCUCAUUUCAUACUAGAAUCCUGUGGGAGCUUUUCUGAAAUUGAAUCAUGCUUCAGUCUUUCCCAAAAUCUCUUUGAGUGAUUCUCAUCUAUAGUUAGAGUUCAGGGCUACUGCUCUAAAUUAGUUCAGAAAAGGUCCUUUUUUUUUUCUCCUGUGUUAAAUUUGUAAAUUAGUAAUGCAACCCAAUUAAGUUUUGAUGGCUUAAAUCCCACUAAGGAAUAUAUUCUAUUGAAAAUAUAAAUAGUAAAUUCUAUCAAACUUGGUUAUGGUCAAAUUAAUAUUUAAGUCCGUGAAAUUUUAUUGAAACUAUUCAGAUGAGAAGAUACAAUAAAUAUCGCUCCACCCCCAGCUGCCUCAAUGCUGUCAUCUUGAAGACAUGAGAAUGUAAACAUUUUAAGCCCAGUUUACUAUCUUAUGGUUUAGCACUUUGGAUAUCUCAAUUUUAAAAGCACACACACACACACACACACACACGACAUAUCACAGGAUUGUGUGCAGAUAUAAAAGGAUAUAGCUUAAUUUUCAACAUUUUACAAAUCUACUUGUCAUAAGUUCUAGCAAAGCUUUGACAAUCUUAUGUUUCUCCUUCACCACUCGAGUUCAAUUCUAAAUUGCUACUAUAAAAAACUAUAGUUUCCCUAUUAACAUUUAAAAUUGGAAGUUUUCUAAUUCUUCUAGUGACAAGCCCCACUCACCAACCCUCCUCUUCCAGGUUAGGCCUUAUAAUGAUGCUCAAACAGGUCUGAACUCAAAGGCUCCAGUGAUCCUGUUGCAGUUCCCUCCCUGUGUGCCUGGGAAGACUGGCAUGUGCAUCCUUGCCCAGUCCCAGUGUGAUUAUCUGACGUCAGUGACGUUGACAAUAAGAUAACUAGUUAUAUCACUUUGUUUAACGUUUCGUUUAUACUCUUAGGUAUUUAGUGUGUGAAUUACACAAUUCUAAUAAAACAUCAUGCCUUUCUUUACAUCUCAGUUUUCAACUUCAUGUUAUAGAAUGCUUCAAAGAUGCUUUAAUGAAAAUUAUUAAGAAUAUAUAGAUUUGUAUGUCAAUUUAUACUUCAAAAUCCAUAUAUUUGUCAUAUUUAUUUUUUUAUUUGCAUGGCCAAAUGAUAUUUAAAAUGAGCCCCCCCCCCCAAAUAUCUGGUAACUGUUAAAACUCUUGUCACUUAUCCAUAUUAAGGGUUCGUUAAAAAGUAGUUAAAAUUGUAUGCAUUUUUAUAUUACUAUGAUCUUUGUGUGUAUCACAUUUCUAAAUAUUCAUUAUUAAAUUGUUACUUUUUAAAACUUUCA